AUGUGUUCCAGCCCAAUGUGCAUCAGGAAGGCAAGCCAGCCACCAACCAGAAGAGCUCAGGGAGAUGCUGGGUCUUUUCUUGUUGAACACUGUUACUUCUUCUUAAACGCCUUUGUGGACACAGCCCAGAACAAGGAGCCUGAGGAUGGUAGGCAGGUGCAGUAUUUGCUUACAAAUCCUGCAAAUGAUGGUGGCCAAUGGGAUAUGCUUGUCAAUAUUGUUGAAAAAUAUGGUGUUGUCCCUAAGAAAUGCUUCCCUGACUCUUACACAACAGAGGCAACCAGAAGGAUGAAUGAUAUUCCGAGUCACAAGAUGAGAGAAUUCUGUAUACGACUACGGAACCUGGUACACAGUGGAGCAACCAAAGGAGAGAUCUCAGCCACACAGGACGUCAUGGUGGAGGAGAUACUCAGAGUGGUGUGCAUCUGUUUGCGUAGUCCACCAGAGACGUUCACCUGGCAGUAUCGAGACAAGGAUAAAAACUAUCAGAAGAUGGGCCCCCUAACACCCUUGCAGUUUUACAGGGAACAUGUCAAGCCACUCUUCAACAUGGAAGAUAAGAUUUGUUUAGUGAAUGACCCUCAGCAGCACAAGUACAACAAACUUUACAUGGUGGACUACUUAAGCAAUAUGGUUGGAAGGAGAAAAACUCUAUAUACCAACCAACCCAUUGACUUCUUGAAAAAGAUGGUUGCUGCCUCCAUCAAAGAUGGAGAGGCUGUGUGGUUUGGCUGUGAUGUUGGAAAACACUUCAAUAGCAAGCUGGGCCUCAGUGACAUGAAUGCCUAUGACCAUGAGUUAGUGUUUGGUGUCUCCAUGAAGAACAUGAAUAAAGCUGAGAGGUUGACUUUUGGUGAGUCACUCAUGACCCACGCCAUGACCUUCACUGCUGUCUCAGAGAAGGAUGAUCAGGCUGGUAGUUUCCUGAAAUGGAGAGUAGAAAAUUCAUGGGGUGAAGACCAUGGCCAUAAAGGUUACCUGUGCAUGACAGAGGAGUGGUUCUGUGAAUAUGUUUACGAGGUGGUGGUGGACAAGAAGCAUGUCCCUGGAGAGGUGCUGGCCAUGCUAGAGCAGGAGCCCAUCAUCCUGCCAGCCUGGGACCCCACUUUGGCCGAGUGACUCUGCCCCCCAGCCUUUCCUCCUCCCGUGGGACCUGAAGUAGCUACAAAGGACAGAUCC